UUUGUGUAGUGUUAGUUUGUGUAGUGUUAGUUUGUGUAGUGUUAGUUUGUGUAGCUCACAGUUUGUGUAGUGUUAGUUUGUGUAGCUUACAGUUUGUGUAGCUCAAUUUUUGUGGUGUUAGUUUGUGUAGCUAACUGUUUGUGUAGCUCACAGUCAGUUUGUGUGGUGUUAGUUUGUGUAGCUUACAGUCUGUGUAGCUGUGAGUUUGUGUAGCUAAAAGUCUGUUUGUGUAGCUCAGUCUUUGUCUAGCUGUUAGUUUGUGUAGUUCACAGUUUGUGUAGCUGUUAAUUUGUGUGGUGUUAGUUUGUGUAGCUAACUGUUUGUGUAGCUAACUGUUUGUGUAGCUAACUGUUUGUGUAGCUAACUGUUUGUGUAGCUAACUGUUUGUGUAGCUAACUGUUUGUGCAGCUGACAGUCUGUUUGUGCAGCUCAGUCUUUGUGUAGCUCAGUCUUUGUGUAGCUCAGUCUUUGUGUAGCUCAGUCUUUGUGUAGCUCAGUCUUUGUGUAGCUCAGUCUUUGUGUAGCUGACAGUUAGUUUGUGUAACUCACACGUCUCUAUGAUGCGUUCAGGAGCUGUUGGAUUUCUGGUGAAACUCCAACCUAGACGUUAUACAGCAGUUACUAAGACGCGUGUAUGAUCUCUGUAAAGCACGUAAACUACAGAAACGUGUUAUUGUUGUUUAUACACGUUUUAUAUCGUGUGAUUAACUUUGUGUAACCUUUGGAGCUGAAUGUAAAUGACAGUAAAACUACGUUAGUUAGUUCAGUGUUAACUAAUAAAUGCAUCUGGAAAAAAAUUACAGUGUGAAGUGACGGAAUUGAGGGAGCUCGUGAAGGCUGCAUUAGUGUGGCACGCGCACCGCCGUGUCCGUGAUCAUGGGAACAUAAACGGGGCUUUAAAUCACUGCAGCGCGGAAAUCUCGCUCUCUACACAACCGAACACGAGCAGAAAUGUCAGCCAGCGGCUUCACGGAUUUGCGCGACAAGCUGAAGUCGAUGACGCCUCACAGGGAGAACCACAAGAUCACGAAGGUUCCCGAACACGGCGGUGUUAAGAAGCGCGAGCGCCGCGACUCCGGGGACGCGCGCGAGCAGGAGGAGGAGGAGGAGGCGCGCGCAGCGGAGGUGAUCAAAGUGAAGAGCGGCAUCACGCAGGCACGUGUCUUUACCCCUGAGGAAUGCGCUCGCAUUGAGGCGAACAUCGACGACGUGGUGGCUAAAGGGGACCGCGGGCUGUACCGGGAGCACACGGUGGACCGCGCGCCGCUGCGGAACAAGUACUUCUUCGGUGAGGGUUACACGUACGGAGCGCAGCUGGAGAAGCGCGGCCCGGGGCAGGAGCGGCUCUACUCUAAAGGCGAGGUGGACGACAUCCCGUCCUGGGUGAACGAGCUGGUCAUCGAGCCCCUGGUGGCUCGGGGCAUCAUCCCGGUGGGCUUCGUGAACAGCGCCGUGAUUAACGACUACCGACCGGGCGGCUGCAUCGUGUCCCACGUGGAUCCCAUCCACAUCUUCGAGCGUCCCAUCGUGUCCGUGUCGUUCUUCAGUGACAGCGCGCUCUGCUUCGGCUGUAAGUUCCAGUUCAAACCGAUCCGCGUGUCCGAGCCGGUGCUGUGUCUCCCGGUGCGGCGCGGCAGCGUCACGUUACUCAGUGGCUACGCUGCAGAUGACAUCACACACUGUAUCCGGCCUCAGGACAUCAAGCAGCGAAGAGCAGUCAUCAUCCUCAGGAAGACGAGACCAGAUGCCCCUCGUCUGGACACGACGUCUCUCAGCCCUUUCUCCAGUCCCACUUCAGAGCGACGACACGUGCUGAAAGCAAAGCGCUCACACCGCAAAGCAGACCCAGAUGCUGCACACAGGCCUCGUAUAUUAGAGAUGGAUAAAGAACAGCAGAGGCGUUCGCUCCUCCUCCAGCCGAGUCGUCACGGUGACGACGACGAUGACGGCGCCUCAGAGAACUCGUGGAGAAGAGUGGUGAACACGUCAUCACACUCGUCCCACACUGAACACACUUCAUCUCGCCGAGUGAAGAUGAGACGCCACUGAAGACCUCUGACCUUUAACUAUUGACUGUUAGACACGUCGUAAACAUCAGUGUGUAGUAUGGGACAGGCUCCGGGAGGACAGCACGGCGUUACCGCUGGUGUGUUUUAUUUAUAUGCUUUUGUAAGAAGGGGUGUGUGAGUAGUGCGAGAUUUUAGUUUUUGACCUCGUUAUCCACUUGUUAUAGCAGCAGAAUAAAAACAAAACUCUGCAGUAACACAAUCAAAACAAUUUGUUUUGUUUAAAGGUUUAAAUAUGAUCUGCUUUAUGCUGUUAAUUCAUUUCCAGCACCUUUUAAUACAAACUUUGGAAGCAGCGUCUCCUCAGUAUUAUCUACCUGCGAAGGAACUGUCCGUGUCCGAAGACGUGAGUCAGUUCACGAGCCGUCGUGUGCGUGCGUGUGCAGAGUGAUUGACAGGGAUGCGUCGAUACCGUUGUCAUCUAUGACUCAUUGCGUUCUUAAUUCUACAGAAUUGUGUCGUAGGUCAAACACUACGAUGUCGUCUUACUGAACAAGUUACCUGAUAACUGUACGGUGUUUAAACAGAGCAACGUCAGUGAGCCACGUGAGUCGUGUGCAACUGUCACACUUCAUCAUCGUGAUCACUUUGGUCAGUUCAUGACAUUCAUUUUAAAUGAUAACGUGUACCAAAGAAACACAUGGUCUACAUGGAAAAGGUACCGACGCAUUACCUGGUUAGACGAGCAGUGCAGAAGUGAUGCACGGAAAUGUGUGAUGCGUACAGAUAUGUGCAAAAAUAAUCGGUUAAGUAUGAUAUCAUGAGGCAGUGUUUCUAUAUUGUGCUGUUCUCAUUGCUUUAUUUUGUUUUGUUUUGACGGAACAGAGGAAGGACUUUAUUUAGGACUCUGUGGGGUUUCAGAGCUCCCGCUACUGGGUGACUUUUGGCAGUAUAAUGAAAUGCCACAUGUUUAUAGGAAAGAAUUAGACACUUAUGAAUUUCAAGUCAGUAUUCUGCUAGAGCUGAAAGAUCAUUUAAGUAUUUCAUUUGUUCUGUUGUUGGAAAAAAAAAUCCCUUCAGGGUGAGCUGUAAAGUUACGCAGGACAUGAGUUUGAGUUAAAUUGAGUUGAAUUUCUCCCUGUGUGUAAAAAAAAAUAAAAUAAAAAAAUCUAUUUUGACAAUGACAUGAAAAGCUUGUCGUGUGGCUCACUUUAAUGAGAUGGGUAUUUUUGCAGCAAAAAUGUACAGACCUGAAACGAAAUAAAAUAUGAUUUAAAAAAAAA